UUGCUUACAUCAGUAGGGUGGAAGGCAGGAACCACGUGCCUUUUUCUCAUCUCAUGGCCGUUGUGUCCUCUGCAGCCCCUGAGAUCCUGGAGCAGAAACCGUACGGAAAAGCUGUGGACUCGUGGGCCCUUGGGGUCAUCUCCUACAUUUUGCUUUGUGGUUACCCCCCCUUCUACGACGAGAACGACUCAGAGCUCUUCAACCAGAUUCUGAAAGCCGAAUACGAGUUUGACUCCCCAUAUUGGGAUGACAUCUCCGAGUCGGCAAAAGAUUUCAUCCGGCACCUGCUAGAACGUGACCCUGAGAAACGGUUCACCUGUGAACAGGCCCUCCAGCAUCCCUGGAUCUCUGGGGACACGGCUCUGGAGAAAGAUAUCCAUGGCUCUGUGUGUGAGCAGAUUCAAAAGAACUUUGCUCGCAGUCAGUGGAAGCGAGCAUUCAAUGCCACGUCCUUCCUGCGCCAUAUCACCAAGCUGGGACCGGGUGCAGAGGGUGAGGAAAUCGGAGAGGCCACAUCCAGGGGACAGCAUGGGAAAUGGUGACCAGAAAGGUGCCCAACGAGCCCGGGCCGCUGCCCUUUGCAUGAGCUACCCUCCUGCAUGCGGCUUCACAGCCACGACGCUGCGCCAGCCCCUCAUCUAAAGAGGGGGGGUCUCCUUUCAUUCCCUCUGCCUCCUUCUGGGGACAUCUCUGGCCCGAGAGGCUGAAGAGUUAACCGGAGUCCAUCACUGGCCGGCCGGCCUGCCUGGAGAGGCGUCCAGAAUUACCCUGCCAAGGACUAAAAGAGUCCGGUUCCCCUCGAGGCUGGGGGCCCCAUCACAACCUUGCUGUGUUACCCACCCCACUUCAAUUCAUGUCAGCUGCAGUGGCCAGUAGAGACCUGGGUCAGGAACAAGGUUUCUUUGCAGGGAGGCUAGAAAGUCCCCCUCUGUAAGCCAGAGGGAUAAUUCCACAAUGGAUCUGUGACCGUCUUUCUCUUCCCUGUGAGAAUUUUUUAAAAUGGCGGUGACAAGAUGGAGCGAAGCCGGUUAGGAUGGAGAAUCCCCCAAAGUCACCUGACAGGCACGUGGAAAUAGAGGGAUCGGGAAGGGUCAGGGAGGAACGGCUGCUGGUAGAGCGGAAGGACCCCUCCAGUCUGAACGUGCAAGAGGCCACUGGGCCAGAAUGAAGGUGUGGUUGGCUAGUCAUCUCAAGGAGUUCAGGAUCUGAGAUUCAGAAGGAGUCGUGGGUGGCCUUUAUUAAACUCCUUGUGGGUGAAGACAGGUGUAAUGUUUAAAAAGCGCUGGCAGUGGUUUCGUAGCACGGCUGCUGCUUUCCAGACAAACGUGCUUCUCCCCCCCUCUUCUGGAAUAAACACCGGGGGAAAAACAGUUUUGCGAGUUUUCAGUGGGUGCCCUGUCCAACUCACUUCCCAAUUCUGAAGCAGGCUUACGACUAUUCUGAAAAUGUCUGUGAAGGUGUUUUUUCCUUGAAGGGAGCGAAAGGGGAAGGAAGGGUGUAGAACAGGGGUAGGGAACCUGCGGCUC